GCUCCAACGGCUUGACGGCAAGCGAUGUCUGUCGUGUGCAUCAGAAAUCGACAAUUAAAGCUUGACAAAAGAUCUUACUUUUUUUGUUAUAAAAGAGCAGGUUGAGGAAACUCAUAUCUUUCCUUCUGAUUUUGGAUAGCCGGGCUUUUGAAGUAACCUCCACCACCUGGUGGGCUUCAGCAAACGACUAGCGACCAAAGAGGCGGGAGGAGACGCAUCCAACCAAUUUUGUUGGUCGCCCAGGACAUUUGCAUAGCGUGGCGAGGCCCGACCUGAGCUUGAUAUUGGCACCGCUGAGUUCAAAAUCCAUGGCAGAACGGCCAGUCAAGCGUCUUCGCCAACAGGAAGACGGUACGGACGUGCCUCCGUACCACCAUAUUUCGACUCCAAACGACGCUGGCGAAAGCAGUGACGAUUGGCAACCACAGACCCCAAGCAACAGUCGCAACGCGCCUUCCGCGGGUAGCAUGUCAAGGCCACAGAAAGCCACGGGAGGAAUACCGUCUUCCCCUUCAGUUACGGUCUCUCGAUCGCCAUCAAGCCCACCUGAAGAAACCAAGAGGUCGAUUCGCUUAACAGUAAAAAUGCCAGCCAGCAAACUCCGUGAGGUCACGUCUAGCGCAGACGCCCGUCCUCACAAUAUAUUUACGGAGCCAGUGGUCAUCACUGGGCCAAGAAGCAGUCGAUCUAAAAAGAAAAUUGUCGAGGUUGAUAGCGACGAAGAAGAUGAUGAUCUGGAAUCUGCUAUAGAAGCAGAAGAAGAAGAAGAUGAUGAUGAUGACGAUGGUGAUGAUGCAGCGAAUGAUGUCGAUGAAGAUGAAGAAGAUGAAGAAGAUGACGAAGAGGAGGAGGAUGAUGACGAUGAUGCAGAUGCUGAAGCGGACGAAGACAUCGACGCUGAAGGUGAUCCUGAUCCGGACGUUGAUGCUGAAGGCGAUAUCGAUAUGGAUGAUGUCCCCCCAGUUUCUCACCACCAUCGGUCGAGACCAACUGUCACCGUGACUCCGGUAGCAGCAGCUAAGGUGAGAAACGUCGAAGCCAGGAAUGUUGAUUUAGAGGAAGAAGACGACGAUGACGACGAAGAGCUCUCUGAAUUGGACUCAGAGCCUGAAGCGGAAAAAGGUGAAGACACCAUUCUCCAAGAAGAAGGAGAGGACGAAGAGGAGGUUGAAGAAGAAGAGGAUGAAGAGAUGGAGGAGGAAGAUGAAGAGGAUGAAAUUGCCACUCCGAUGGAAGCCAGCCGCGCAAGCUCGCCAGGAUACACUAGCAGAAUGACCAAACGUCAAAGAGAGCGCUUACAGUAUGGGGACUUCUUGCAAUUGCCUAUGGAACCGCAAGUUAAAAAGCAUUUGACAGCGGAGGAGCACGCAAUGCGCCGCGCUGAAAUGGCACGACGGAGGAAGAACCUCAGCGAGAAACGUAACGAAGAAGAAAAAAUGGAUACUAUCAACAAACUACUCAAAAAGCAGGCACCGAAACGUCGAGGCAAAAUUAGCGCUGCAGAAACGGCAGGAGAAGCUUCUCCACGGGUUCAAGAGGCUGAGGAAGGCUCUCAACCCGAGCCUACUAUGGUGCGAUAUGCCAUGAACAGAGAUGGCUGCAGGCUGGGCGUACCAAACGAGUGGCUUGGAACACCUGCCGGCCUAGUCUUUGGAAGCCGUACCGCAAUCCCUAGUGGCCAGGGACAUGGUAGACUUGUGGAGGAACUAUGAGAUUAUGCAACAUCCGUCUACUAGCUAUAUUGUUGAGCAUCUGUGUCUGGGUUUUAUUUGGCUGCCGUACUAUAUUAAUCUAGCGGAAACGAUGGAAAUUGGCUCGAGUAUAUGGAUGUGACGAGGUGAUAGUAUGUACGGUACGGAGCACACACGUUUCGGUUAUUAAAACUGAUCACCUGUCUAUGA